GUUCUUUUUCCUCAGGGGCGAUGGCGAGAAAGCCGAGAGCAGGCAGCGUCUGAAAGGAAUUGGAUGGUUAGAACCAAUCAGCGGCCGCGUCCUGCUGACAGCCGCUGCUUUCUGCCGGGGGCUGACACACGGGGAGCUUCACACUGACGGUCGGAGGAACUCGGCUCAGAGCCCAAGCCCACGGCCAUCUGCACCCGGAGGACACACACAUGGCAUUUAUGAGGACCACGCCGCAGGAACUCUGCACUUCCUGCAAUAAAACGGUGUAUCCCAUGGAACGGCUGGUUGCUGAUAAGUUUGUUUUCCACACCACCUGUUUCUGCUGUAAGCAUUGCAAAGCUAAACUGAGUCUGGGAAGCUAUGCAGCACUGCAGGGUGAGUUUUAUUGCAAGCCUCACUUCCAACAAUUGUUCAAAAGCAAGGGGAAUUACGAUGAGGGCUUCGGUCGCAAGCAGCACAAGGAACUAUGGCAGCAGAAGACGGCUGAGAGUGGCUCCAAGUAGCCACGAUGUCAUUGCAGGGGAAAGAGCAGGUGGCUAGCAGCUAACCAAGUGUGAAGCACUGGCACCUCGCCUCUCUUUAACUAGGGGCACAGCAGCUGCGAUUCGUUAAUUUGCUUUAAAUAGCGUGUAAUUUAGGGGCCAUUGCUAACAAGAGGGAAGGAUUGCUGUUGUUAUUGUGUGUAGUGACAUCGUGAAAAGGGUCAUGGGGAUGUAGUAACAUAAACCAACCAGUGGAUGGCUGGGUUUGUACUGAUCAAGCAGUAUCUAAACCUGCCCAUGGAGAAUGCCAGGCCAAAGGCAGAGGCACACUCUCUUCACUGAAAUCCCUAGUAUUAACAUCUAUUUCAACCAACUAAGCCAAACACAAUUUAAUAACGGGAAUCAGAAAAAAAAGUAAAACUGGAACCGAGUUACCGGAAUUUCACAGGCCUGAUAACUUGUACUAUCAGCUAGAUGUGGCUGAAUAAAACUCUCAGUACUACCACACAGUAACCAGAGCAAUUCUUCCCUCAAAUACACAUUGCUAUGUCUUUGGAAUGAUAGCCCAUCCUGGUGGGAACAGUUUGCAACUGCACAGAAUACUCUCAACAAUAUAUAUAUUUAUCUCUUUUUUAAAUGGGGUGGCUUUAACACAGUAGUCUGGUUAUGCCAGAUAUUAUACCUGUGCUUUAUAGAAAAGGAUUGUGAAGACACAGCGCCACCUACACAUCAGCUGUGACUGAUUUAUCUGCUAAAGGUUUCAGUAGAACCUUGAGAACCAUGAUGCAUCACUUGCACAUCUUGCUACACUGUACACUUUCCUCAUUAUCCAGAUGGCUAUGACCCAAACAUGAGUGUCCAGAUCAUUUUUGUUUGGAGCAGUCCCUUCUACAAACAGAGCAGAUCUGCAAGCAAUUUUAGCUGGGUGCCUUGAGCACUUUAGUCAGAUAUUUUAUCAGAAAGCUGGACUCUAGUUCCACUGCAGACCCUCACCUCAUGCACCCCUCUCUUCUCCCACAUACACCCCCAAUCUGUAUCCAUGUUACAGACAUCAUGUGCCCCCAGCAAUGAAGAGUGCUCCUCUAAGAGACCAGGCACCCUCCCCCACUAUAGUUAAAGUUAUUUCCACCUUAUCCUCCCAUCCUGGUAGAUGUCAAGACCCUGCUAACCCCUGGUCCCCAUGGUAUAGGUCAGUGCUACCUUGACUCAGAGCUACCAAUUGGAACUUUUAUCUCAAUACAGAAAGCAGACCUUCCCCAUCCCACACCAACCCCCCUACUUCCCACUUAAUUGCUGGUUGAAUGGCCAAUGAUUUUAAUUGUCAGUUUUAGUGAUGGCUUUGUCAUUUUCCCAGCUUUGGCUACGUUUUUGAAAAGGUUGCAUGUGAUUUAAGUGCGUGGGAUUUCAGUUGUGUUAAUUAUCACAAUGUGAUAUCACUGAACUUCAGGGACAUCCUCAAGCACAGGCUUAGCAGAUGGAAUGCAUUUUUUCAACUAAAACUGUGCCUCAGUUACAUGUUGAGAAUAAUAUUUUGGUACUUGAAUGUUUAAUGUCUGUGAACCUAUGCAUUUUAUAUUACAGUUCACAAGUAAUAGAUUUUUUCCAGGUUUCAUUAAAAAAAUAUCACCAGUCUUUUAUAAACAGUUACUAUUUGACAAAGAUUAACAAACCAUCUAAAAUACCUUUGUCACUCUCCCCCAUACUAGAAAUUAAAAUAACUAUACUACUUAAACCAAAGGCCAGUGUGAGACCUGGACCAAUGUCACUGUGAUCAACAGUUAUCCUCUACUUUGCUUCACGCAUUCAGCAAAAUGAUGACAGUUUAGCACUCAGUGUUGCUGCCUCCCAGUUCCAAGGACUCAGGUUCCAUCCUGAACCCAGGUGCUGUCUGUGCAGAGUCUGCAAGUUCUCUCCUUGACCACAUAAGUUUCAUUUAGAUAUUUCAGUUUCCUCCCACAUCCCAAUUAAAUGGCUGUUUCAUACUGCCACCUCGUGUGGGUUAAAGGCAAAAAGAAUCAAAGGGGAAAGUUAAUAAGUUGCAGGAAUACAGAGAAAUAAGGAGUGGGGUGAUGGGGCCAAUGGGAUUGCUCUCCUGGCAGUUGGCAUGGAUCUGAUGGACCAAAUGACCUUCUCCUGGUCAAUACAAGAUCCCCAUUGAGAAACGGGAAAGACAACCAACACUUAUGCUCUACACAGACAAGGUUACCUAAGAAUUGGCCUAGGUGACUCGUACUUCCACUUUAGAGGAAGUCCAAUGACCCUUGUGCUCUCCACCACCUACCUCCUUCCUUUUCCACAACUUCUAAUUGCCACCUGUCGUUUCAUGCAUUGAGAUUUGAAUGUCUCAGUAUGCGAGGUGCGGAUGCCACCAAUGGAUUGCUGGAAGCAUUAGGGUGUCAGCUGGAAUAAGGCAAGGUCCAAAACAAUGCCAAGGUCACCAAGAAGACCAGAUAAAGGGAUAUUUUCACCUACCAUCAUCUUUCACUACUUGCAGUUGAAGUCAACUUUGCAUCUGAAGCUUCACCUCUUUCUGUGUGAACCACAGACAAUGGGAACUUCCACACUGGCCCAGCAUUAUGCUCCAUCUCCAAUUAGCUAUGCAUUGAGCAAUGCUUUUGGAUGAAGUGCACAUCACUGAUAGUAACAAACGCACAAAGGCUGUACCGAUCAUACCCUGGCUAUAUUUCAACCUCUUUUAAAGAGAAGCGUAGUGCAUUCCAUAUCCAAAGUAAGCUGUUCAGCUUCCCUUGUUCAUGAUGUUCCUAUCCAAAGGAAGACAUAUGUUUUUGGAGCUCAGGCUGCAAGACAACCAAAGCCUCACAGUCAUCUCACAUUUCCACCUAUUUCCAUCUCAGGCAUGGAGCGGAUUAAUUGCCUCCUGUUGAGGCUGCUGUGAUCUGCAUUCCCAUUACCCGGCCCAAGUCCUUAAACUUACAAUUCUACUUUCACAGGAGUGGUAUGCUCCUGUCCAACUUCACACUGCCAUCACUGAUGUGCAGCCAGAUCUAUAUAUCCACAAUCAAAGAGUCCUUCCAUACCACAAGUUAUCUACAGAAUAAAAACAGAAAAUGCUGGUAACACUCAGCAUAUCAGGCAGUAUCUGUGGAAAGAGAAACACGGAAUUAACAUUUUAGACUGAAGACCUUUGACAGAACUGCUAUGCAGAAUGCCAAUUUAACAAUCAACACGUACUAUUCCUCACCUCUAAUCACUCAUUUACCAUGUGUAUUCUGUCCAUCUGUGAGCUGAACACUCUCAGGUAAUGCAAUAGGGAGAGAAGAACAGGUAGUCAUUCAAACCCAGACCUGUUCUGCCAUUCAGUAAUAUUAUGGCCAGUUUGCAAUAUUAACUCCAUUUUGCCCGUCUUCAUAUUCGCUGAUGCUCUUAAACUAAUUAAAAUCCACUGAUCUCAGGCUUGAAAAUUUCUGUGGCCGUUCAUCCAUGCUCUUAUGUGGUAUUGCAUUCUAUUACUCUUUCUACAAUUUUGCCUCAUUUUACUCGAGUGUCCCAUCACUAUAAAUUUUAUAUUACACGCUUGUUCUAAUUUCCCCACCAGAUUCUAUAUGUACCCCAUAAAAAAAACCCUUACUCAUUCUAAACUUAUACUACUCUCGCCAACUUGAUGAGGAAUGCCGAGUUUUCGCAGAUUACGAUUAAUGCAACCUGGAAACUGAGUUUUAUAAAAUGUGAUGUUAUUUUGAGGAAAAUCUAUAUUGCAUGCAUAAAUCUGUGAUCAGCAUUUCGGGACUUGGUGGUGUAUGAUGUCUCCCCGAAGUGAGUGCUGUUUUGUAAUGGUUGCAUGAAUUUGUUAUAUUGGUGGUUCUUGUCUUUUAGACAUUUGUUCUCAACAAUGCGAUAGGUGGGCCAGGAUCCCCCACUACCCAGUUAUACUGGAUCCAAUCAAUAUUGAAAUUGGAAAUCACUAAAUACAAUAACCACAGUUAACACAGCUCAUCCAUGGACAUACUGGACUAUGACUAGUACAUCCCAUAAAUGAAUUGCAAAGAUAAAAAUAGAGUAAUGAUCUCCAAACCCUCAUGAGUGGGGCCUCAGAGUUGCCAAGAUGGUACGGAAAACUUGAUCAAUGACCAAUACCCAGUGUCCAGCAAGACGUCUGCAUGUUGAUGUCGGACAGGGAUGGGAUGGGGGUUGACUUGAUGCCAAACAACCUGCGAGCUUAAGUUAGAAAAGCCACAAUAAGAUGAGGCCCUCGAUUUGUGUGCAGCUGCAGCUGGUCCCUUCAGGAGGUGGAGAAGACAAGAAAAUCAUUUUCAGGUAUUUGCUGAUCGCACAACUAUUUUUUAGUGGUCAGAAAGAAACAGGCAAUUUGCUCCAGGGCAUAGGCAUCAGACUACAGUGAACUGGGCAUUAUUUACCAAACAACUCCUGAAACAAUCCCACAUUAUACACUUUGAAUGUGAACGGCCUAUUGCAUUUGGCCUGCACCAAGUAUUAAUGGGCCAUCAUACACUGCAUAUUGAACUAACCCCAUGAGAUAUACGGGUCUAAAUUUGCUAGUACACAUUGCACACAUUACUGUGAAUUGUUACACAUUACAGACACAAAAUGUGAAUGAAGGCUAUGUAGCUUAUGAUCAGAGUCUGACCACAUCUUAUUUUGUCUGUCAGUUAUAUAUGGUUGUCACAAUUGUCUCUUCUAUUUGCAAUUGUUGUGUUCUAACUUAAUGCAAAUACAUGUAAAACAAUUCACUGCCUUUUUGGUCACUCUGUAUUCCACUAACACUCCUGAAGGAAGCUGUCACUGGUAGGUUACUGCAUUUACAAUAUAUAUUUUUACCCACUAGAUGUUCCCCCCAAUAUACAUGCCUUAUAAAUAUUGUAUGUUUGUAUCUUUUUUACUGUUUGUAUAUCUCUGAUCACGACUGUUAAAAGUGCUGCUUUGAAUCUGUGAAUGCACCUCUGCUUUACAAAUGUUAGAGUUUUGACAUUAAAAUAUCCAUU